AUGGCUGGACGACGCACCGCCCGGGUACAGUCUCUGGCUGGAAUUGGCGUCGACCGCAUGGGAGCACUGGCUUCCCAAAAAGAGGAAUCGUCCACUGCAGCACCAAAAGCGGGAGAGAAGCAUGAAAAGCCUCUCAGGCUGGAGAAUCUCGACACUGAUGUUCCUCCUCAUCCCGUCGCCCUCAAAGCCACGACCAAGGCCAUAUCGAACAAAGAAGACAACAGCUACCUGCCGUUCAUCGGCCAGCUAGGCCUUCGAAAUGCUGCGGCUGCCCAUGUAUCUCGACUGGCAGGAGGCGUGAAGUACUCCGGCGAAGAGAACUGCUGCAUCACAGCUGGAGGGCUCUCUGGAGUUCUAAAUACUCUGUUCGCAACCGUCGAGCCUGGAGAAGGUGUCCUCCUGACUGACCCGACAUACAUUGGACUCAUCAAUCGUGUAAAACUCGUUGGAGCUGUUCCCGUGCUCUUUCCUGUGGAAUUCCGCCCCGGUGAGCCUUGGAGGUUUCCUCGCGAGAAGCUGUUGUCGUUUAUCGAGUCGAAGGAAAAAGAAGGCAUCAAGAUUAAAACCCUGCUCUUGAGCUCACCAGCUCUUCCAUCUGGUCUGUACCUUGAUAAGGAAGACUGGCAAGCUGUAGCUGAUGUGUGUAUCUCCCGUGACCUCCUCCUCAUCUACGAUGUUGCAUUCGAACGACUGCUCUUUGACGGUCGGCCAGUUAUCCAUCCCGCCUCUUUCCCCGGCAUGGAACAAAGAACCAUUAUCGUCGUAAGUGCAUCUAAGGAGCUUCGUUUGAUCGGAUGGCGCGUUGGCUGGAUCGUUGGACCGAAGUGGAUUAUUUCUGACAUCCAGCUGGUAGGAAUGGCGAAUGUUGUCGUUCCCGUUGGUAUCGGUCAGAAAGCAGCACAAGCAGCCCUCGAACACUCUGGCUCGGACAAAGACUGUGUCGAUUUCACGAAGGAGCUCGAGGCUAGGCGAGAUCUCUUGAUGAAGGAGCUGGAGCGUCUUCCAGUGGGGAUUCCGGCUGGAGGCUGGUCGUUUGUCCUGCGCGUUGACAAUGGAAAGGCGGCGUCGACUGCCUUGAUGGAGGAGGGCAUCUAUGUGACUUCGAUGGAUGGGUGGGGGAGUGAUGGAGAAAGCUUCAUCAGGUUCGUGUUCUCCAACGAGCCGUGCGAUCGAUUGAAAGGUAUUGGCGAGAAGGUGAGGAAAGCCCUGAAGAUUUAG